AUUUAUUUUUCUCUCAAAUUUCGACCGUGGCGGGUGGUUACUUUUGUUUUGCUCCGCGAACUCCGAAUCGAAUCCGACGAGGCCGGUGUUGUUGAUAGCUCGAUAGUUAGCGAUAAUUCGGGCGCCAUGAACGAAGGGUCCUUCCGUGGGAAAUAGAAAUCGAGAGGUGUGCUCAAAUCGCGGAUUGGAAUUCCCGGGAACAACGGUGUUUCUUGCCCGUGUUUCACUUUGUGCGCGAAAAGAACCGUUGAACGGUUUUCGGGAAAUACAGAGUACUGGAAGAGAAGAGGACGGCCCGAAAGUCGGGCGAACUCAACGCAAAUCGUCGAUCAAAACAAAGUGCAUGCUUAAAGCGGAAACUAUCAACAUGUUCGAACUGGAGGAUUAUUCGAGCGGCAUACACGAGGGUUUCUUCAGCAAAUACGCGGAUGCGGCUGGACCCUCGCUGGACUUCUAUGUGUCCGACUCGAUGCAGGAGAUGCUGAACGUGGACAUUCGCGCAGAGAUUGCAAAUGUGGUGGGCAGCUCCAGCAGCGACCUCACCGCAUCCCUGGAUCAGACCUUGGAGGCUAUAUCAGCGAUCAAUAACACCCAGUGCAAUGGAAACAGCAGCCAGUCGGCUUCCUACAAUGCCAAUACAAACUUCCUGACCAGCAGCGCACUUCACGCCUCGCCCACGGCCAAAUGGAUGGGUUCAUCGGCCAGUUUUUGGUCCAACAGCGAUUACUAUGCGGAUCUGGGCGCAUGCGUAAACCCCAUUUCCGUAAUGCCACUGAUAAACUCGUCUUCCGGAUCCGGAAUGUUCUCGCCAAAGAGAAACAAGACAGCCACAUGCACUCAGGGAAGGGCGGGAGCGGUGCCCUCGUCUCCCACCGCCGAGAGAGAUCAUCCCAAGUCCCAUCUGACCUUCUCGCCGGCCCAAAUGAAGGUCAGUGCCGGGUCCAUGCGGCGGGAGCAGGUUAUGGCCCACAUUCCCAAGCAAAUAUCGGUGGUUACUGGAACCGGAACCACGGCGCCCGCUACAAUGGCCACAAAUUCGGCGCUUCAACGCCGUAAUUCCUCGGCCGUAGAUGCAGUGCGCAAGGAUUUGGGCACAGAGUUGCGCAAGGCCCAGUCCAGUCCGGUGCCCAACUCCGUGGAGGAGCUGGGAAAGGGAAAGGGAUCCACACUGCUUAGCGCAGGAGUGGGAGCCACCAACACAAUUAAACUGGCACCCGGCAUCGGCGGUCUGACCUUUGCCAACAGCGUUGCCUACCAGAAGUUGAAACAAACCUCUUCCGUGAAGUCACCAGGAGGAAUCUCGCCAGGAGCGGGAUCGAAUAUGGGCAUCAAGCGGGAGGAUUCGAACAAGCGAGGACUGCAGGCCAGCACCACACCAAAGAGCAUCGCCUCGGCGGCCAACUCGCCGCACCAUCAAAUGCAAAGCAACUACAGUCUGGGAUCACCCUCGUCCCUGUCCUCUUCAUCGGCAUCUUCGCCCCUGGGAAAUGUCAGCAACCUGGUCAAUAUAGCGAAUAAUAACAGCACUGGAGGUGGCGUCGGUUUGGUAAAGCCCCUUCAGCAAAAGGUCAAGCUGCCAGCAGUGGGCAGUCCGUUUCCCAAGCCAGCCUACUCAUACUCCUGCCUCAUCGCUCUGGCCCUCAAGAAUUCGCGUGCAGGAUCACUGCCCGUGUCGGAAAUUUACAGUUUCCUUUGCCAGCAUUUUCCCUACUUCGAGAAUGCCCCCAGUGGCUGGAAGAACAGUGUGCGGCACAAUCUGUCCCUCAACAAAUGCUUCGAGAAGAUCGAGAGACCAGCCACGAAUGGUAAUCAGCGAAAGGGCUGCCGUUGGGCCAUGAAUCCCGAGCGCAUUAACAAGAUGGACGAAGAGGUGCAGAAGUGGUCGCGCAAGGAUCCGGCUGCUAUACGCGGAGCAAUGGUCUAUCCUCAGCACCUGGAGUCCUUGGAAAGGGGAGAGAUGAAACACGGAUCUGCGGAUUCGGAUGUGGAACUUGACUCACAGUCGGAGAUCGAGGAAUCCUCGGAUCUCGAGGAACAUGAGUUCGAAGACACCAUGGUGGAUGCCAUGCUGGUGGAGGAGGACGAGGAGGCCGAGGAGGAGGAUGACGACGAUGAGCACAUACUCAGCGAGUUCGAAGGUGAGGACGAGCGUCAAUCCCUCGCUAAUGGAAACCAGUCGAAUAACCACCUGCCCAUCGAUCACGCACUACUGGCCCAAAAAAGCAACGACUUUGAUAUAGAGGUUGACGAUCUGUACGAUGCCAUCGACAUCGAGGACGACAAGGAGGCAGUGCGGCGAGUCCUUACCAACGGUCAGGCGCAGCACAUCAUCGAGUUGAAUCCGGCCGAUUUGAAUGCCACCGAUGGCUACCACCAGCAGCAGCCUCCAUCGAAGCGGGCUCGCGUGGACAUCAACUAUGCGAUUGGCCCUGCUGGUGAACUGGAGCAGCAGUACGGCCAGAAGGUGAAGGUGCAGCAGGUCACACAGCCGCAGCAGCAUCCGCCCACAUACAACCGGCGGAAGAUGCCGCUGGUCAACCGCAUCAUCUAGAGCGGGGCGCAGCCCCCUAACGCAUUACAUUAAUCACUUAGUCCUAGGUCUUUGGUAUAUAAGGAACCCUUGCUACGCUUAAACUUAAUCUCUAAGCCCCCCUCAUCCAAUAUCGAAUAUCAGUUUUCGGUUUCGUGUGCAGAACCCAAUAAUGUUAUUUAAUCCCCCUCACUUAUUUGUAGUUCAGUUUGGCUGUCGGUUGAUUUUAAAUCUCGAUUCGAGCCCGAGCCAACUGAAAAAGAAUGAGAGCAUGUGCCCUCCGUUUUUGGUUAAUUUGAAUCUUUUCUUUUCUUUAGUCGCUUCUCGAAUAAAUCUUUAUAAAUAAUGUUACACAAAUAACCAAAUUUUGCUAUACUUGACGAUACUUCAAGUCCGCUUUGCAUGACGCUUGAGCAAAAAACUCAAUAGGUUCCACUGACGAAGCAUUAGCAUGUUAAUACAUAUUUUCCCCGUCUUGAAUUUUAACUUUUGAUUUGAUCUCCUACUGACAAAUGAAAUUUCAUCCUCAAUUGAUAAGAAACUUGACAAUGCAUUUAUGACAAAUGAUUCCACGCGUAGUCGUAGAAUAAUAUUAAUGUGCAACACAACGAUUAUUUUGACAACGAAAUGUGAACAGUAGGUUUAUAUUUCCACCUUUUGUUGAUUAUUUCACCCAAUGGUGACAAUUUGCAUUUGCGAACAUUUUCAGCUUAAAUUUAGGAUUAAGAAAGUUGAAAGAGAAUUGAUCACACAUACUUGCCGGUCCAGUAUUCGUAUGCGAGUUAUCAUGCGGAUUUUUUAUAGAACUUUUGUAUGUAUUGUACUAUAUAUAUGAAAAAGACACAGCAAACCAACAAUUAUUGUCGGAAAGUUCAGUCAAUUAAUUAUACGGUUAUUUUGUAAGCCGGUUCGGAAUGUAAAUAGUUUACACGCAGAGAAAAACUUGUAUACUAUGUUCUAGCUGUAAGUGAAAUGUAUGUAAAAUUAUUUGUAAGCCAAACCCGAAUUCCAAAUGAAACGACAAGAUCCGAAAACCAAUAAGACUUGAAAGAAGCGUACCCGACUAAUAAACAUGAUCAAGCCUCAGAAGUAAAUAGUACAAAGUUACGGGCAAGUAAAAGAAAGCAUUUACACAGCCAGCUCAUGGAUGGCUCAUGGAAUAAACCAUUUUUGUUAUUAUCCUUUUCUCAUUUUAUGUUUCGACUCAGCUUUCGCAUUCAACAAUUCCAUUUACGAACCAACAACAUUCAUGCAUUUAUUUGUUGUAAUAUUAGCACCUAAGUAGCAUUACAAAAUUUUAUCCAUAAGCAAAACUAUGUAAAUCAUUAAGCUAAGAAAGAACAAUUUUUGUAUAGAGUUGUUAGAAAAUCAAUUGACAAAACAU